UCCCUUGUCUUCUCUCUGAGUUGGAUGGGAAGGUUCUAGACAACAUCUAGGUCCCAUGCCCUCCUCAUCCCGGCCACUGCUCUUCUUCCUGGGCUGUGGGAGGGAUCUGGGCUAUAGGAGAUGUGGAGGCGCCCUAAGAUGCGGGUCUCUUUUCUGAGACUCAGAUCCUCUGCCCAAGUCUUUACAGUGAGCUUUGUGCGACUUCAGCGCAUCUCUCUCCCAAGAUAGGCCGGGACAGGAUAUGAGGUCAGAAGAAUCAAGUUGCAACCGAGUGCUCUAUCAAAAAAAGAUGCUAUCUCAACACUAGUCUAAGGUGGUUUUCCACUGACCCUAUGGCUGAAGACAUCGUUCCUUGACUUCUAUCCGAAUACAUUCUAGUUCAUUCAGUGUUACAUCAUCAGGCUAACAAAUAUGGAGAUCUCCACCAGGACUUGGAGAAUAAUUUCAAUGGGCACUAAAGUUCUGGACUAGAAUUGUUCAGAAAGGUAGAUGGACUUUAAGGCAAUUGCCCAAAACUCUGCUGAAGAGGUUUUAGCUUACAAUCAAGAUAUAUCUGACUGGAAAGUGGUUAAAUCUUCAAAAAAGGUAACUGUUUCCAGCAAGACCUCUAGAAAGUUCCUCGGAAAUCUAUACCGUAUUGAAGGAGUAAUUCGAGAGUCAACAGCUAAGGUCUCCAAUUUCCUCUACCAACCUGAAAACAGAAUUACAUGGGAUAAAUCAUUGAAAGGAUACAAUGUGGUACACAAGAUUGAUUCGGACACAUUUAUAUGCCAUGCCAUGACACAAAGUUUUGCCAUGGGCUCAAUUUCCCCUAGAGACUUUGUCGACGUAGUCUGCAUCAAGCACUAUGAAGGGAAUAUCGACAUUAUCAGUAUUUCUUUAAUCACAGCUAACAGUGUGGACUUCCCAGGAUAUCCUCCAUCUCCGCAUUAUAUCCGUGGUUAUAAUCAUCCUUCUGGCUAUGUAUGUUCACCUCUCAAAGAAAACCCAGCAUAUUCCAAGCUAGUGAUUUUUGUCCAGACAGAAAUGAGAGGAAAACUGCUUCCAUCGAUAAUUGAAAAAUCUAUGCCUUCCAACUUAGUGAGCUUCUUCCUCAAUGCGAAAGAUGCUAUAAAGGCACAUAAAAUCCCAUCAAUACGCGGACGUCACAGUGGGCACCCAUCAGUUACACCCAUCAGUAAAUAAAGCCAUCUGCCAUUAAACCAAAGAGAUUUCCCACCGCA